AUGUCUCGCCAUCAGCCCCCCAUGGAUAGGAGUAAUACUCCCGGUCGUCAAUUUACCACUGCGAUUCCACCAGCUCAAGGCUUGACAAAGAGCCAAUCAAAUAAAUCCAGUCAUGGCGAGAUUCCAACGCAUCGAAAAGCUGAGUGUCAAGACCCACAUAUACGUACAGCCUCCACCUCAUCAGAGGUUGCUUCGAGUCAUUCGAGCAUGUUACAAAAAACACUAAGAAUCACGCGUGGCGAUUAUCCAACGGUCUGUUCUCUAGUGUCCUCAUUAAUAUCAAUCCCAGUCACCUCAAGUGAUUUUGACACGGACAGUGAUGAUGGGUCCAGCAUGGAGCAUGGCGUCCCGCACGUACCUCGUACACCAUCAGAGCCGACCGGACGCGUUGAAUUUCCUAAUCAACCCUUGAGAAUUUUCAAUUCUUCAGAUGAUCGAAUGGAGCGUAGUCUUACUGUGCUGCAAGCUAUGAAUCUGGGUAACAGUACUUCCACAGAGGUUAUUGUCCCAGCUGAUGCUCCGCUCGAAACAAUGUAUGGGAAAGAGUUGACUUCUUAUCCCCACAAAACUGCCAUUGAAGAAGAAAUGAAAGCGAGUCUACUGUCUUUAUUGAGUCUUGAAUCUUUCACAUACAUGCUGUCAAAACCCGAGACUCGCAAUGUUUUUCGAGAAUGGUUGAUCGUUCAAGGAGGCGAAGAAAAGCUAGAUCGGUGGACUGAAGAGUCUCGGAUCAAUCAACUGCACAUAGAGGCUCAACAAAGUGCCAAGCAUCUACUGCAUAAUUAUCACGAGUACGGUGGAAAAGAUGGUACCAGAACCAAUGGCAUUGACAUGCUCAACGGGAAUGCCAUCAGGGAAACCAUCAACUUGGCGCAUUCAACACAGGUUUUGGUUGCGAGUCGGCAACACUUACUGGAGUCUUUGUAUAAUGACACCUUCAAGCAAUUCAUAACUAGUAAGCUCCUUGAAAUAACUAAAAUGAAACUACGCAGCGGCGUAGAUGAAAAAGCUUGUAAAGGUUUAGGCGAUUCAUUUGUUGUGAGCAACCCACGUCUUAGAGACAAUCCAGUGGUCAUGGUUUCACCCAGCUUUAGCGCAACUACAGGCCACGAAAAAAAUUCGAUUAUUGGCAUGAAUUGUCGCUUCCUACAAGGACCUGGAACCAGUCCGCAAUCAAUCCAGCGUCUCCGACAAGCUUUAAAACAGGGACUCCCUUGCGUUGAGCUUCUUCUCAAUUAUAAAGCUGAUGGGACACCCUUUUAUUGCCUCCUGAGUAUCAUUCCGUUGUUUGAUGACAGAGGCUAUCUCAGUUAUUAUAUAGGAGGACAAAUCAACGUCACCGACGAGCUGCGCAACAAUCAAAUAAUGGCUUUGAUUUCACAAACCAACUCCGCUCCUAAAGAAAUAACAUCGGCAGAUUUUCAACUUCCAGCGCGUACACUAGCUCGCCAAGCCACAUCUAAAAAAGUUGCAAUUAUCUAUCCGAGACUUUUAAAUAAACAAGACGGCAACAUUGAUUCUCGUGCCAGCAAUGUUACCCUCAAUGUGAAAACAAAACCCCCCAGAACUCUUUCAUUCAACUGGCUUCGUUCCAAGAUCAAACAAGACAAAAAUAUUGAAGAUGUUGAAUUUACAAAGCCAGAUGAUAGAUGCGAAUUUAAGAGUUCUGACUUGCACGAGAGUCUUUCAGCUUUUCGAUCCACAUAUUCAAGGCUCAUAUUAUUUAACAAGAUCACUCGCUCGAUCGUUUACGUUACACCCGAGGCGUUGAAAUUUUUAGGUUUCCCAACGGAGACGAUCGAAGAAACUUACUCAUCUGCACUCCUUCAUCACGAUUUCUUCGACUUGGUGGAAAACUGUAAGACUACUCGCAAAACCCCUACCUCCAAGAAGGUCUUGAAGAAGAUAAUUUCCAAGGAUGCUUCUGCAUCAUUCCAAUGCGAGUUGUGUUGGUCUUAUACGUUGGAUGACCAACACACGCGAAUUAUUUUAAAACAAAGGAAAAAGGUUGAAGUUAAUGAAACGAGUGUAGUUCAUUUGACCCCUUUGAUAGACCAAACUGGCAAUUGUGCCUCUUAUGUUGCGAUUCUAACCUAA